ACCAAACAAAACUCUCAGGUUUCAAAACUAGCUCCAUCUUAUCUUUUGGAUGGAUCAUGUCGGGUCAAUUUUGCCGGUGCAGUUCAUCCUAUGAACAAGAAAAAAAAAAAAGAAAUUACCAUUCCUUAGCAAUUCAGCUAGCAUCAAUUCAUCAAGUCAAUUUUGUCAGAUUACUACCUGACACAAUUACAAAAAGAAAGUUUUGGAGGGACACCAUUCCAUAUCUCCAAUAUGGCCUUAUCUUCUUCAGUAUCUCUCCCCAAAUCUUUGCCUGCAAAUAAAUCAAUCAGAAAACUCCCAAUUCAUCAACCAUCUUCAAACAUUCAAUUUCCAAUCUUUCAAAACCUCUCAAACAAUCCUCUCAUUGAUCAAUGCAGCAGCAGAAGAAGUAGCAGCAGUACUAAAACUAAAGUUUCCUUCUUUCCUGCCUUCUUUACCAAAGGUAAAAAUGCUGAAGCUCUAAAAAUGGAGCUUCUUGAGGCCAUUAAACCCCUUGAUAGAGGAGCUGAUGCCACCCCUGAAGAUCAACAGAGUAUUGAUCAGCUUACUCGCAAGCUUGAAGCGGUGAAUCCAACGAAAGAGCCACUGAAGUCUGAUUUACUGAAUGGGAAAUGGGAGCUCAUUUACACUACCUCGCAAGGAAUCUUACAAACUAAGAGACCUAAAUUCUUAAGAUCAAAAGUGAACUAUCAAGCAAUAAAUGCAGAUACACUUCGGGCCCAGAAUAUGGAAAGUUGGCCAUUUUUUAACCAGGUCACAGCAGAUCUCACUCCGGUCAAUUCAAGAAAAGUAGCUGUGAAAUUUGAUUAUUUCAAAAUAGGAGGGCUGAUACCUGUGAAGGCACCAGAUUCUGCGCGUGGAUCAUUGGAAAUCACUUACUUAGAUGAAGAGUUACGGGUAUCAAGAGGAGACAAAGGAAACUUGUUCGUCUUAAAAAUGGUUGAUCGAUCAUACAGAAUUCCAAGCUAACGAGUAAAUCUGUGAAUGUCAACCGGUCUUAUGUCUGGUCUUCUUCGGGGCAUAUUCAAGACUUCAAUGCUCUAAGCAGUACAUGACUUUUUUCUUCUAUUUUUUUUCCUUCGAUAUACAAAUAAAAUCAGAGAUUAGUCUGAAAAUUGUGUACAAUAUGAUUUUUACAUUACACUCUUAUAGGCUUGUAUAAUACAAAAUGUGAGUGUUGUAUACUUGUAUACACCGAACCGAUGGUGUAUUUCUAAAAUUGUCUAAUUUGAGAAUCAGUCACUAAUUGAUUGUUCAAUAGGUCGGUGCUGGCUUUAUGUAUGCAUUUAUAAUUUGAAUGACAAAAUAUCUUGACUAAUUAAUGGGAAUUGUUAUA